AUGAAUCAACACCAGAAAGCAAUCACUGAAGCCCAGCGUGGAAUUUACCAUUCAAAGGAAUUCCACGAUAUCGAAUUGAAGUGCAAGGACACCAUUCUCUAUGCACAUAGUGCAAUAUUGCUACCUCGCUUCACGGUCCUCGCGAAUAGAGAAGAUGAGAGAUGGAGCGUCAUUGAAACAAAUCUAAGACGAUUUGAUAUGUCAGAUCAGCAUUCAUUCAUCGUCAACGCAGCACUUUGCUACAUCUACACAUCCGAAUACAACGAUGACCCUUCUGGAACCUAUUCAAAUCUGAACAUGCUUCCUCGCAUACUCGGACUGCCUUUUCACCCCCAGGAUUCCUUUUCACCUGCCAAGAAUCUUGACGACUCACGACUAGUUUUCAACACGGAAAUCUACAUCUUCGCUCGCAAAUACAAGAUCAAAAUGCUGGAAUGCCUCGCCGCCGAAAAAUUCUAUGAUGUUGCGCGUCUCCCUUCACCUCCGUUGUUCAACUCCAACACAGACGUACUAGAGAGAAGACCUGCUUUUGUCGCAGCCGGAUCUCUCCUCUGCGACAACAUGCCGGAUCUUGUCGAUAGGAAAAGCGAUGAGUUGUGGAAAACGAUGAAAGUGAUAUCGUUCACGAAUUACAAAGUUUUGAAGGACGUGAGAUGGAAGGAUGGGGAAGAGAAGAGAAUUUUUUGGGAAAGGGAAGAUUUUAUGACGGAGCUGUUAGAAACGGGAUGGCAUCUUUAUCGCGAUCUUUCAGUGAGACCGAGAAAUCUGGGGUAA